UGUAUGUUUUGCUUUGGAGGUGAGUCUGCUGGAAAAUUAAUGUCUGUGUGCAGUGACCAUGGGCCUGGGGCAGUGCAGCAGGCGUAUAAAAGCAGGAACUUCUCACUCUCUCAUCCACUGCUCUCGCCUCCAUCUCCUUGAGAACAAGGUGAAGCUCUACCAUCCAGACAUGUCCUGCUUCAGUCCAUGCAUGCCCUGCCAGCCCUGCGGCCCAACCCCGCUGGCCAACAGCUGCAAUGAGCCCUGUGUCAGGCAGUGCCAGGACUCCAUCGUCGCCAUCCAGCCCUCUGCCGUUGUGGUGACCCUGCCCGGCCCCAUCCUCAGCUCCUUCCCUCAGAACACCGCCGUGGGCUCCUCCACCUCCGCUGCCGUUGGCAGCAUCCUCAGCUCCGAGGGAGUGCCCAUCAACUCCGGGGGCUUUAGCCUCUCCGGCUUGGGCCUCUCUGGCUUGGGCAGCAGCUUCUGUGGCAGGAGGUGUCCCCCCUGCUAAAGCUGCUGCUGAUGGCCCUGGGGAAGGGCCCAGGGACCCAGAAGAUGGCACCGCACUGGGGAUGCCGACUCCUUUCUGCCUUGAGUGCUCCCUGCACCAGGAUCUCCACUCACAGUGUCCUUGUUUUCCUGUUUUGACUCAUUAAAGUUCUGCUGCAUCCCAA